CAAAGGAAGCAUUUGAAAAUGAAUUGCGACAUGGCGCUUGCAAAAUUAGACAAGUUCGAAUAAUGGUUGUUGGUCAUUAUGGAGUAGGCAAGACAACAUUGACAUACGGUUUAAUAGGAAAAGAUAUGAAAGGAAUUGAAAGCACUGAUGGUAUAGAUUUGUUUCGAGCUCGAUGUCGAAUAGAUGAUUCAAAUGAUGACACCGGAGAGUGGUGUUUAGUUCAAGAUAACUUUAUUUCUCCUGCUGCCUUGGCAGCGGCACCAAAUACAGUACUUUUCGACAGGAAAGGAAAGAAAACAAACUUUAAAAUAUCUGAUGAAACGUAUGAUAUAUUUAAAGCUGUUACGGCCUUGGCAGAAGAAAAGCAGAAACAUUCAUUUGAUAACGUUUCGGAUCCUAAUAGUACGACAACCCAAACUAGUACAUCGUUAUUGAAACCUGUAUAUAAAUCUCAAAAAACUCUCAUGCAUAAUAAAACUAACAAUGCAAACAAUGUUCCGUGUGUAAGACCCGAUCAAUCUUCAAAUGAAAACGAGGAAAGAAGCAAAUAUUCUUCGGAAUUUUAUGAAAAGUCACAGAAAGCACGAACAGCAGAGCUUGAAGAUCGAAUGAAAGAUAUAUUUAUCGACAUGUGGGACUUUGGAGGUCAGAAUGUGUUCUACACAACUCACCAGAGCUUUCUAACUAGUCGAUGUAUGUACUUGCUUGUCAUUAAUUGCGCCAAAGACUUGAAUGCAACACUUCAAGACAAGAGCUUACACCCGACACAGCAAUCAGAAUCUAAAAUUGAAGACUUUAUAGACUUUUGGAUAUCUACAAUAACAAAUUAUGCAAAGAGCAACGAAUCAGGAUUCCCUCGUAUAAUUCUUAUUGGGACACAUAUCGAUGAAAUAGAAAGAAAUCCAUCCUAUAGAGUAGAAAAGAUUUGUGCACAAAUAAAGGAAAAGUAUCAUAGACUGGUUUCUAACAAACAGCUAAUCAUCAAUGAACGUCUAUUUUUUAAUGCUAAAGAGACAGAUGAAGAAAAAUAUGUUGCCCUUAGAGAUUUUAUCUUAGAAGAAGCGAAACUUCAGCCUCAUUGGGAAGAGCCUUUCCCAAAAUCAUGGCUUCAUUUGUUAGAUUUCAUUGUAACUAAAAGAGAGGAAGGGAUUGACAUUCUAACUUUAAAAGAACUGAAAGAGUUCAAUCAGAACUCAAUAGUACCCAUUGAAGAUUCUUCUUUGGAAAACAUGCUUCAACGACAACAUGAAAUUGGCGACAUUAUCUUCUUCAAUACCAAGCUGCUGAAGAAUAUCAUAAUAUUAGAUCCUUCAUUCCUAAUAAGAGCUCUAAAAUGUCUCAUUUCAACAGAAGGCCACAUGAAAAAAUCAGGAUGGAAUUUGGAAUGUUGGAAGAAUUUGUCAACUAAAGGAGUUGUCUUAGAAGAUACUAUAAAAUCGAUAUGGGCAAAUAAUGAACUACUUCACAAGUAUUCUGAUGUCUUGCUGAGUGUUUUUCAACACAUGGACAUAAUUGUAAAGCCAAAGUCAUAUGUUGGUGGAAAGGAAGUACAUGUCAACCAGCAAAAAAUAUACCUUAUUCCUUGUAUGAUUGAGGAAUCAGACAGUAAAGAGAGAGUGGACACAUUCCUUAAGAAUUCAGAAAAGCUUUACAAGUCGUUUGACGUUUCGAUAAACAAAGAGCUCAUCCCUCCAGCUAUUGGAUACAGAUUGCUAUCCUUCUGUACAUCUAUGUGGCCAGUGGUCAAAGAAAGCUUGUUUACUGCCUGUGGAUUUUUCCGAUUAGAUCUUCAUCACAUUCUAAUAUUACGAGCAUUUCCUACAUACAUUCGAGUGUAUGUAGUCCAUAGGAGGUCUAAAGAAAGUAUCAGUGCUGCUCUCUACAACAGUGUCAAUAUAACACUCAUGUCUUUUCUUGAGGCAUGUUUACUUCCAUUCCAUGAAAAUCUCUCAGUCAACAGCGACUUUCAGGAAUUACAGGAUGAUAUUUCAACUCCUGAAUCCCAAAUGCAUUGCAAUACAGACUGCCCAGGUAUUGGAUUUACUUGCAAAGAAAAGACGGUAGAGGAUGUUGAACUAUCACGACUAGCAAGGUUGUUGACGGACCCGUUUCAAAAACACCAGCUUGGUACAGAACUGGGGAUCACACAGAAAGAAAUGGAUAGGAUAGUGGCGGAACACGGGUCACAAAAUGACCAGAUGUUUUACGUAUUGUAUGAAUGGCGAAAAAGACCAAAACCUACUUUCUCUUAUCUCCAAGAUGCUUUAGAGCGAUGCAAUAUUGACAUUCAUAAUUUGUGUAAGGUCUGCAAAACCAACUAUAUUGAUACGCAAGUCAUGCAAAAUAUCCCUAAGGAGGAACUUGAUAAAGAUUUGACCGACCAGGAACUUGAUCAAGUUGCACUGAGGAUUGGACGAGAAUAUUUCCAGUUUCUUCUAGAGUUGGGCUUACCAGUUAGCCAAAUAGAACAAGUCAUGGACGAAAACAGAGAUAAUGUUCUAAGGGGAAUUCAAAAGCUUCUGCACAUUUGGAGAGAAGGAAGUAAAUUCAAGCCCACCGUAAAGAUGCUAGGGUGUGCAUUAUUACAAUGUGACGGUGAUUUUAAUUCAUUUUGUGAAUUAAUUGCACCAACACAAGAUGACGAUUUAUGGCUUCCACAUUCUUUAUUUCCAAAUGACGGAAAUGCACAUAUCUAAGAAAGACACACGAAUAUUUAUUUUUUAAAAUACUCCAUUUACCACCAUUUAAUAUGUCGCCCAGGUCAUCUGCGGAUCUAAAGGGGACAAGAGGAAUGCUAACUAGACCCCUUCAGUGAUUUUCAGGAUUAAUACGUUUCUAAAUUUAUACAGUAAAGUAACCAAAAUGACAAUGGGGAGCCCCCCCCCCCACCUCAUCCUCAGGAGAAAGGGAUCCUUGGUUAAUGGUAAGAAGGAGUAAUAGACAACGAAAUAAACUAACACGACCUUCCUUAUCAAAUAAUUUUCUAGUUUCGACAAAGUUCGCCCUCGUGCUUAAUUGUUAAAAUAUUCCAUUGUUGCUGGAAUUUUUUUUGAGUGGACGUGGGCCCUCCUCUCCCGGAAAAAAAUCGUGUAUUGCGCACAUUUUAGAAUAUCAGGUGAUCUGAUUAACUAGUAUAUUCUUUUGUGUGUAAAAGAGAGGUUUAAAUCUUUAGAGGGAAAAUACAACAAGUUUAAUAAGGAUGAAAACUACCAUAGUGCAAAUUCAUGUACUAAUUUAUAACAGAUUUACAUUAAUUCAUACAUGUACUUGUAUGUCGACUUGAUAUG